GAAGAAGUUUUCCCUUAUCCAGAAAUUAGCAAUGAAGAGCUACAGGAGAUCAACCAGUUUGUAGGACCUGUAGAAAAAUUCUUCAGUGAAGAAGUGGAUUCCAAGAAGAUCGAUCGAGAUGCAAAAAUCCCACCUGAAACUUUGAAAGGACUGAGGGAUCUGGGUCUCUUUGGCAUGCAGAUUCCAGAGGAAUAUGGUGGCCUCGGUCUGUCAAAUACCAUGUAUGCGCGGCUGGGAGAAAUCAUCUCGUUAGAUGGAUCCAUCGCGGUGACGCUGGCAGCUCAUCAAGCUAUCGGGCUGAAGGGAAUCCUGAUAGCUGGCACUGAUGCGCAGAAAGCCAAGUACCUGCCUAAGCUGGCAUCUGGGGAGCACAUUGCAGCUUUUUGUCUCACUGAACCUGGAAGUGGCAGUGAUGCUGCAUCCAUCCAGACAAGAGCAACCCUCAGUGAAGAUGGGAAGUACUUCCUAUUAAACGGCUCCAAGGUUUGGAUAUCGAACGGCGGCCUUGCCAGUAUUUUCACAGUGUUUGCUAGGACAGAGGUUGUUGAUAAGGAUGGACAAGUGAAAGACAAAAUCACUGCUUUCAUCGUAGAGCGGGAUUUUGGUGGAGUCUCACAUGGGAAACCUGAGGAUAAGUUAGGCAUUCGAGGCUCCAAUACCUGUGAAGUGCAUUUUGAAAACACUAAAGUGCCUAUAGAGAAUGUAAUUGGAGAAGUAGGAGGAGGAUUUAAGGUUGCCAUGAAUAUCCUCAACAGUGGAAGAUUCAGCAUGGGCAGUGCAUCUGCUGGAGUGAUUAAAAAAUUGAUAGAAAUGACAGCGGAGUAUGCUUGUACCAGGAAACAGUUCAAUAAGAAACUGAGCGAAUUCGGAUUAAUUCAGGAGAAGUUUUGUUUUAUGGCUGUGAAAGCGUACGUAAUGGAGAGCAUGGCUUACCUCACUGCGGGAAUGAUGGACAGGCCGGGCUUUCCAGACUGCUCUGUGGAGGCAGCCAUGGUCAAGGUGUUCAGUUCCGAAGGCGCCUGGACUUGUGUAAGUGAAGCUCUGCAAAUUCUUGGAGGCCUCGGCUACAUGAAGGAUUACCCCUAUGAACGCUAUCUCAGAGACUGCAGGAUACUGCUCAUUUUUGAGGGAACAAAUGAAAUUCUGCGAAUGUAUAUUGCUUUGACGGGUAUGCAAUAUGCAGGCAAAAUCUUAACUGACAAAAUUAAAGAAAUCAAGAAAGGAAAUAUAGGAGUGGCACUGCAGGAGUUUCUAAACAAAUUACGGGACUCAAUGGGCAGAAAAGUGGAUUAUGGGAUAAUGGAAGAACGCGGGGGACUGGUGCAUCCCAGCCUGCAGGACAGUGGCAAGAAACUUGAGGAAAACACUUAUUAUUUUGGAACUACAGUGAGAGGCCUACUCAGCAGGUUUGGCAAGACAAUAGUGGAUGAGCAGUUGGUUCUGAAGAGAGUGGCGGAUAUAGUGAUUAAUUUGUAUGCAAUGACAGCAGCUAUUUCCAGAGCAAGCCGCUCCAUCAGCAUUGGCCUAAGAAAUCACGACCAUGAAGUGCUUCUUACAAAUAUCUUCUGCAGAGAAGCAUAUUUCAAGAAUAAUUAUGCCAUGGCUCAACUGCAAAAAUAUGCAGAUGAAAAUCUGGAUGACCAUAUUAAAAAGGCCGCAAAGCAGGUGCUGGAAAAGAGAUCUUAUAUCUGCUCACAUCCACUGGACAGGACAUUCUAAUUACUUCACUGACAGCUAAUAUUGAUGAAUGUAACAUGAACAGCAAGUAUUUUUCUGCAGUUCAAGUAUUUGACACCUUAAAAAUAACUGAGUAAUACAAAGUUUAUAAAAAUGAGUUUAUAAAAAUGUAUUAGCUGUAUCUGUGUAAAAUAGGACUAAAGCCAACUUCAUAUUAAGAGGAUAAAGAAAGAAAUUAAUGUAAUCCUCAAGUUCUAUUUUUAGACACACGUCUGCUUCCUUUGAUGCCAAAUAAAGUCAGUUGAGAUUCA